UAAUUUUUUUUCUGUUCGAAUCAUGAUCAAAAUGGGAUUGCUGUAGAUAAAAUACCAUUAUUUAAUUUAGGAAAUCAAAGCUAUUAAUGGCGUUAAUAUAGUUUAAAGAUGUCCAAUCAGUGCAAGUUAAUAGUGGGGAUCGACUUAUUUGUGCAUUUACAGUUAUACGCGUAACACGAAUUUGUGCAUCGAGUUCUGAGCAUCGAAUUAGGCCACAUAGCGAUCUCUCCCUAAAAUACCGCUGGUUGUCGACGUAUCAAGUUAAACUGAGUGUGGCGGGAGAGUGAUGUCCAGAAAGGCCGCGAGCUGGUAAUGUGAUGUCAUCAAAAGGGGAAACAGAGGCCGAUUCAGGCACCGUGUCGCCGAACCUGCCUGCAGUCAAAAAUGAACCGGCAACCACAGCUAGUAAAGAAGAAACACCUAAACGAGGCAGCACGCUGCUAAAAUGCACAACUUGCAACACAUUUAGCACCCUAAGCAGCCGCGCGCUGACCACGCACAUGGCGCAGUGUUCGCCCGACAACAACAAUGUGGCGGCCGCGCAGGCGGACGCCCGCCCUCACAGGAAGCUCUUCGAGUGCGACGUCUGCAACAUGAAGUUCUCCAACGGCGCCAACAUGCGCCGCCACAAGAUGCGCCACACCGGCGUCAAACCUUACGAAUGCAGAGUCUGCCAAAAGAGAUUCUUCCGCAAGGACCAUCUAGCGGAACACUUCACAACCCACACAAAGAGCUUGCCGUACCAUUGCCCGAUAUGCAACCGAGGGUUCCAGCGCCAGAUCGCCAUGCGCGCGCAUUUUCAGAACGAGCAUGUUGGCCAGCACGACCUUGUCAAAACUUGCCCCCUCUGCAGCUACCGUGCCCCCACCAUGAAGAGCCUCCGAGUUCAUUUCUUUAACAGACACGGCAUCGACCUAGACAACCCAGGAACCGGCAACAACUCUGUUUCCCUGCUAGCAGCCGGCAUAGCCAACGCCGCGUAUGCCGACGGCUCAAUGGACGCGAGCGCCAUCAACGCCCUGGGUGCUCUAGGCUCCGGGCUGUCCGUGUCCGUGGCAGCCGCAUACUCUGACAGCGGCGACAGUAACGGCGCUCGCUCCGUCGACAACGCUACACCGCCCAUGCACUAUCUGACCCCGCACGUGGAGAUAUCUAUGGCCGACAACAACGAGACGUUCUCUCCGGGACAGUCUAACCAUCUAAAUAAUUCCGAUUCGCGCAUGAACGGCGAGGGUGGCAGCUCGCCGCAGUCGGGCGACAGCGCGGGCGCCGUUGCCAGCUCGUCGCUCGCGCAGCUCCCCGCGGGCAUCACGCCCUCCAUCACGCUCAUUCCCAUCAAACAGGAGCCGAAUGCGGAGGAGUCGGGCGGCGGCGAGUCGCAGGGCGAGGCGAACGGCGACAAGCGCGGCGUGUCGUCCAGCCUGUCGUCGCUCAUCAAGGUGUCGCCGCUCAAGAGCCUGCUGCGCGAGGACCUGCGCCGCCGCAUCAGCGCCCGAGGCCGCGCUCGAGGCUCCAACAGCUCCCGCGCGUCGCCGUCGGAGGGCGGCGUGAUCACGUCGACGCACGGCGACGCCGCGCUGGCGCCCGCCUCGCUCAUGUGCUCGUUCUGCUCCAUCACCUUCCCCGACUCCACGCUCUACUUCCUGCACAAGGGCUGCCACUGCGACUCCAACCCCUGGAAGUGCAACAUCUGCGGCGAGCAGUGCUGCAACGUCUACGAGUUCAACUCCCACCUGCUCAGCAAAAGUCACCAAUGACUGUUUGCAGGGGGGCCGUUCCGAUAAUAAUGACUUUGUGUUUCGUGAUGCACUUGCGCGGUGUGUGCAUAGUACGAGCGCUUCGGAGCUUCACUGUCGUCUUCGAUUACGCGAUUCUGUUCUCAAUCUACUGUGUCGGGCGCUGCAGGGCUUCGAACUCGCUAUGCGCUGAACGUCCCCCCGAAGAUAUCAUUUUAAAAGUGCAAAUUAUGUCGAGUUAUAUUUUUAGCGGUUAUAAUUGUUAUGUUAAAAUGUGUGAAGAUAUUUAUGCGGAUAUUUUAGUACUUAAAAGGGUUUAUAAAAGGGUAAUAUUAAAUUAUAAUUGUGACGGGGUCAGAUAGAUUUGGGGUACAAGCUAGUAACUAAAUUGAAAGCUGAAAGUGGUACCACUCGGUAAUGACAAAUAUUACAUUCCAAAACGUGACGUAGCAUUCCAUGAUGAGAGAUUCGAGUCUUUGGUGGGGAAUAUUAUUGUAGUAACUAAAAGUAUCUUCUCUAUCCAUUUUAAAAUAAUCACGAAAACUAAUGUAGUGUGUUGCUGCACCUUACAUCACAAAGAUAUCGCAACUCGCGUAUUCAAUGUUAGAAACAUUGUAUGUGUAAGUAUACUAAAUGGAUAGUAAAGGGACACUUGUAUUGGUUUACCAUUCUACUUUUCAGUACUUAAUUGUACUACGACUAUAUCUAAUCUAAAUUUUAAAAGUAUUUUUGGUGCGAUAGUGAAUUUUACAAAUGUUUUAAAUUAUGGUGGAAAUUGUACAAAUUAAUAUAUUUUUACAUUUCACUGUUGAGAAGAGAGGGCCUAGCCUGUAUUUCCGUGAUUAUUUACUUAUUGUGAUUGUGUACAGACAGGAAUUAUAAAUUCUACAUUCCAUUUUUUAUGUUAUUAAUUGUUUCUUAAUAUGCAUGUAAUGCAAGUCCACGACUAAUAUUUAAUGUACAAGUUAUAUUUUGUUGUUAUUAUUUAUUUUUCUAAAAAUACGUCUUUUCCUUAAUUGCUACUUAUGUUUUAUUGUUUUUAAAUAGUGGUGCGUUAUUAAUUAUGGUCAUAUGUACUUAUUUCAUUCUCAAUCUAUACAAUGUUCCUUUCGUCAGUUCAGUUGUAUGAUAUUAUCGUUAGUUGAAUUGUUUGAAAUUGAAAACGAAAAUUAUUGAAGGCACACUUGCUCAAUAUAGCUUAAGUGUGGGGCAUGGCAACGUCGCACAAAAGCAUUAUAAUAAAAUUUCUUUUUAAAUUAAUUGGAGUAGUGUAGUUUUAUAGAACACUUUCAUGCAUGCUUAUGGAAGUUUAAAAUCGAAUCGUUCAAUUCGAAGGUACUUAAUUUUAUUUAAUAUCAAGGUUUAGAAAAGCCCCAUUAGAUUUAGCGAAACUGACCCGUAUCAUAUAAUUGUGCUAUCCGAAAGAUUUUAUUAUGUUUUGCGUUCUAAAUGCAAAGCCGUCGUUUUCCAGCUAAGAGAACGCUUACGGUCCAUGUCCGAUCAGUAUCCGCAAAACCCUCGGAACUAAUAUCGCCUGGGCCGUGUUGCAUAAUAAUUAAUAAAUUACAACUAAUAUUAUAAGCGGAACUCCUUUUCUAACUUAACUUAUUAGAAAAGGAGUUCCGCUUGUAAUAUUAGUUGUAGUUUGUAGUUUAUUAUGCAAUACGGCCCUGGUCGUAUUUGUUUUUGCGUCCCGGAUCCGGAUUGGAUGCGGUAAGUUAGCGUUCUAAAACAGAAGUGCUCAACCUAAUGGCAAACGAUAUUGAUCUCUUUUAUUUUGAAGAGUUAAAUUUCUAUAUUGACUUUCAAUUUAUCAUUUAGGUAAAUAAAAUAUAUUUCAUUUGUGUGCUUAUAGAGACAUAUUGGUUUAAUGAUACAUUUUAAAAUGCUAUAGGUUAAUGAAAUUAAUUUUGUAAUGUAGCUGUUAAUUAUGUUUUAGUACAUUUUUCGUGUUUAACGUAAUUGGUCAGUCCGUUCCAUUUUUAUUAAAGUAACCUGAGAUUUACAUUCCUGUAGCUCUUAAGUACUUACUUUCGGUUGUGGUCUUGCCUGUUAAGUUUACGAAAUUACUUAGAUGGAACUGAAAUUAUGUUUUACCAACGAAGUUAUAUACUUGUUUUGUUAUGUGGUCAUCGCGUGUAUAAAGUAGGCCGGCGCGGGACCGUCCGUGAGUUACCUGAAACGAGCAACAUAUUUAUUUAUAGAGGUUCAUAUAUUAUGCUGUUUCAUUGUUGGUUUUGCAACUUGAUUGUUUACUUUUAUUUGGUCCCGCCGCCGCGCCACGGUUAGUUAAGGUAGAGUUUAAGAGCUAUUAAUAUUAUUAACCGGUCACCCCACUGGGCGCCUUUACUUAAUCCGUCCAUAUCUAAUGAUAGAUAUUGCCUUUAAUAUUUAAUAAAAAAUAAUAUAUUUUGUAGAUUUUAGAUAUGACUAGGGAGAGAUGUUAAUUAUAAAAUGGUUAAAUAAUUGCAGAGAUUUAAUUAUGUAGUAAUAAUUUAUUUAACAUUUAACGUAAAUCUCUGCAUUGCUAAAAAGUUAGUAAUUGUGAUGUCAACCAGUAAUGUAAUGAGUAAUGACAUUUUAUUUACUUCUGAUUAAAAAAAAUUAUGACAUGAUUUUAUUCCAUCCCUCACUUAUAUAGAAACUGUCCAGGUUUUGAAGGAAUUAUAAUAUACAUAAAUAGGUAUUAUUAGAGAAAUCGGUAUCCAGCCACCGAUACGUUAUUGAAGGUUUAUUUAUUGAUUGCUGUUGACAUAUUUACAUUGUUUAUCGACUCGCAGAUUUGUAAAUCGCGUUAAUUUCAUCACGAGAAAAAUGUUUAACGUUAAAAUUCUAAUAUAUAUACUUUAUUUUUGUGGACUAGUUAUAUAGUAAGUACAAAAUAAGUAUUGGAAGUUGUGUUAUGCCACAGCCAAUUGUUAUUUGUGAAAUACGUGAAACAGUAUUUUAAUUAAAAUUUCUAAAUUAAAAAACUGUAGAAAGUUGGCAAAGGGAUACGUUUUAGAAUUACACAAAGCAAAAUAAUUAUUUCUUCAUAAUGCUGCAUCUAUAGAAUUCUAUAGAUCAUUUUAUAUUUUAUACUACUAAGCACUCAGUCCAAGUCAACAACAAGCCUUUAGUAUAGCGACCCUCAUCUUAAUACCAAAACACAGCUUACCAACAUUAUAUAUUUUUUAAGUUGUUUUAUAUAUGUACUUAAGGGUAGAUAAAUAUAAAUAAUGUGGUUAAAAGCAAUUGCUUGUAAUUUUAAACAGUUGAAAGCGUCGUUAAUAUUUUGCUGUUACAUUUAUUGUGUUGUCAAUUGAAAUGAAAAUAAUAUUUAUUAAUAUUAAAAGGGAUACUAUUUUAUGAAAAACCAGUUUGUAAUUAUGAGUGAUAGUUACUAUAUCAAGUUUUAGCAGAUUGUGCCUUAGAUCAAUACUUUAAUAUUUUAAAAAUACAUAUUUAAAGAGACAUUUUUUGGAAAUUGUUUAAUAUAUCUCAUAUCUAGAUGUGUGUAUUUUAAAAUAAAAUAUUGUCACAUUAGAGUUAUAUAUUUAUACACAAACUAGGAAAUCAAUGACCUGUUAAUUAUUUAUGUAUAAGACAAUGUACGCAAUAUGGCUGUUGCUUGUUUUUAUGAAAAGUUUAUUUUGCAGUUAGGAAAUAUAAUUUUCUCUUAUCGUCCUGUAACGGUAAAUUAAGAUUAUAAAGGAUUGGUACUUAUUACCAUAAUCUAGUUCUAUUUAUUUACGUUUAAUUUGGUAAAGGGUCUAAUAAAAUAUUAAUAAAUUAUGAA